AGAGGUGGCGGGUCCGGGGCACAGAGGAUGGGGGCUGGUAUGCCACCCCCCUAUGGUGGUAUGAGGGGCAUGAACCAGAGCAUGGACCAGUCUAGGAAGAGACAUGCCCAGGUGGAGGCCCAAAAGAAAUCACAAAGCAACAGGAAAAAAAAGAAGAUGGCUGACAAGGUGCUUCCCCAGAGGAUCCGAGACCUGGUCCCAGAGUCCCAGGCCUACAUGGACCUGCUGGCCUUUGAGCGGAAGCUAGACGCCACCAUCAUGCGCAAGAGGCUGGACAUCCAGGAGGCAUUGAAGAGGCCUGUCAAGGUAAGAUUGAUUAUUGUCCCACCCAUUGAUUCUGAUGUCUUUGUUUGUGCCUGGACCUGAGGAUGUGGCCUUUGGGUGCUGUCAGUCUGUGUGUAUACCUGGGCCCUGUUUCACAAAACUUGUCAUCAGUGACAAAUGACAGUUUUUGUUAUAAGCUACUGAAAUCCUUGCUUCUGAUUGGUUAUCAGUAGAUUUGUCACUGAUUUGUGUCACUUGUCAUUGAUAAAGGGCUUUUUGAAACGGGUCCCAGGUUCCUACAGGAGAUGAGAUUUGCAGCUCCGGUGUGCCCUAUGCUUGAAGUUGUUUCUUUAAACUGCUGGGGCUUACCGGUAGUUGCAAGCUUGGUUAAAGGAUCUAUCUUUGUCUGCAAA